AUGCCGUUCGGCAUCCAUUUUUUUUUCCAGCUGGCAGGAGGGAGAGCAAUGUCGGACGCGACGAGGAGGCUGGAGUCACGGCCCCCUCAGAAGAAGAAAACCGGUUCCUCGAGGCCAAAGACGAAGCUGCCCCGCCAGGCCAAGGGUACGUCGGCACAGGAGGGCACGCCGGUCGAUCGACGGCGGGAGAGAAGGGUGGCGGAGGCUGAGCUGAUCCGGGAGGCCCAUCUCCAGGCGACCGAAAAAAGGGUGAUCGAGGGUGCCCUCGAUGUGACCCCUCUGCCGAAGAGGCCAAAGGGGCCGAACGAGGAAGCAGCCGUCCUCGUGUCGGACGAGGAGGAUGCCAAAGCGGAGCCGGUGAACAUCGCCUGCCCCCGGAAGGUGGUACCAUUCAUGAACUGCUUCAUCGACGAUGCUCAUAUGGAGCUCUCAGAGCUGGAGUAG